AUGUUCAAAUCGUACAUUUUAAUAUUACUUUUCAUUAUCUUUGUGUCGGUCUGUUUGUUGUGCCAAUCAGGUAGGUUGUACAACAAGUUGGCAUGGGACAUUGUGCCUCUGUGCUCCAACUCAGUGAACAAAACUUUAAUUUUCAACAAUAAUAAUGUUUCGAUGAAAAUGACCAAAAGAAGGAAAUACAUUAAACUGUGCAGCGUCGCAUGUCAACUAGCCACUGAACCAUGUUUCGCAUUUCAGGUCAAUGUUACAAACUCCACGAGUUUCAAUGCGUUUGAUGUCUCCUGCUAUCAAAUCAACGACGUUCCUGAUAGCCUCUACAAGAAUGUUGAACAGAACUGCUUCAUCUACCUGGCCACCAAGCCGGUUUACUUGAAUGUAAUUUCAUGGGGUUAUUUGGAUACACCAAAUUUACCUGAAUAUGGUUGCACGCCGGUAGACAAUAGAGGUGUGAACGUGUACAGAUUAAACGUCCAUGAUCAUUUGCCCUAUGAUUUUCAGGUUUUUGAUGUUUGGAAAGAUCAAAUCAAUGCUGGAAAACUGGUCGAUUAUUUGAAGACCACCCCAAACGGUACAAUUGUCGUGGGUCGUACAUGCGAUGAUCCAUGGACUCAUAUUGACCCGGCUCUUCCUUAUUUGAGCAGUGUCAACUUGGAUGUUUCUGGUUUGAACCAAAGAGGCAAGUGGAUUUUUGUGUGGCAGCAAGGAGCCUACAAGAAGACGAUCUCAUUCAUCAACAACUUAUAUGGCCCUAUAACAAAACAGUUUAUCAUUUUUAAUUCUGGUUCGUAUGUCUGA